AUGACUAAGGCCACUGCAUGGGCCAGAAUUACGGCUUAUAUGGCCGAAAAUAGACUAAAUACGGCCUUUGAGGCUGAAUCUCAACAAAAUAUGGCAGUUGAAGCCAAGAUCGAAGAUCAUGAAAACAAAGAAACAAAGGAUCGAAGACUGGAUUGCAUUUAUGACGAUGAGCCGCUGGGUUUUGAGAAAAAUCCCAUAAGUGAGGUGCCAAAGAUGCAGGCUCAAGAUCCUUUGGAGGAGAUCGACAUUGGAAAUGGCUCGAUAAAAAGGCCAACCUAUAUCAGUGCCAAUAUCACCUCAAGUCUAAAAGAAAAGCUGGUGCCUCUUCUUAGAGAAUUUAAAGACUGUUUUGCUUGGGAUUACCACGAAAUGCCUGGGUUAAGCAGAGAAAUGGUCGAAAUGAAAUUACCGAUUAAGGAGGGAAAAAGACCAGUAAAACAACUACCAAGAAGAUUCGCACCAGAAAUCAUGUCCAAAAUUAAGGAAGAGAUCGAAAGGCUGCUGAGGUGUAAAUUCAUCAGAUCUGCCAGGUAUGUCGAAUGGUUAGCAAAUAUAGUCCCUGUCAUUAAAAAGAAUGGAACUCUUAGAGUAUGCAUAGAUUUUAGGGAUUUAAAUAAUGCUACACCUAAAGAUGAAUAUGCUAUGCCAGUAGCGGAAAUGUUGGUAGAUUCGGCAGCUGGCUUCGAAUUUUUAAGCAUGUUAGAUGGUUAUUCUGGUUAUAACCAAAUAUUUAUUGCUGAAAGUGAUGUGUCGAAAACAGCAUUUCGAUGCCCUGGAGAUUUCCUUGGUUUUGUGGUGCAUAAAAAAGGCAUUGAGAUAAAUCAAAAUAAGACAAAGGCUAUUCUUGAGACGAAGCCUCCUUCGACCAAAAAACAGCUUCAGUCUUUGCUAGGAAAAAUUAACUUCUUGAGGCGAUUCAUUUCGAAUCUAAGUGGCAAAGCUCAAAUUUUUUCGCCAUUACUUCGACUCAAGAAAGAUGAACCAUUCGAAUGGAAUGAAGAGCAUCAAAAGGCUUUCGAUGAAAUUAAAGAAUAUCUGAUCAAGCCUCCUGUGUUAAUGCCUCCUAGUCGAAACAAGACGAUGAAGUUGUAUAUUGCUGCAUCUGACAAGACCAUUGGUAGCAUGUUGGCUCAGGAAGAUGAUGAUGGCAUAGAGCAUGCAAUUUAUUAUCUUAGUCGUGUACUAAAUAAUGCAGAAACUAGAUAUACUGCCAUAGAAAAACUUUGUCUUUGUUUGUAUUUCUCUUGUGCAAAACUUAAGCAAUAUAUAAAGCCUGUUGAUGUUUAUGUAUAUUCUCAUUAUGAUAUUAUUAAGCACAUGUUGUCAAAACCUAUUCUACACAGUAGAAUUGGAAAAUGGGCUUUAGCAUUAACAGAAUAUUCUUUAACUUACAAGCCUUUGAAAUCUGUUAAGGGUCAAAUUGUGGCAGAUUUUAUUGUAGAUCACUCAGUGAUCGAAAUGUCGCAAGACUAUGUCGAUACAGAGCCUUGGAUUUUGUAUUUCGAUGGCCUUGAAAUUUUAAUUAACCUGGGGGCAAGAAAUGUUAACAUAAGGGGUGAUUCAGAAUUAGUGUUGAAGCAAUUAACACAAGAAUACAAAUGUGUUAAUGAACACUUAGCAAAAUAUUUUGUUAUGGCGAGUUCUCUUCUGAAUCAUUUCGAUUACAUUAACAUUGAGCAUAUACCUCGACAAGAAAACCAAGAAGCAAAUGAUUUAGCCCAAAUAGCUUCAGGGUAUAAAAUGUCGAAGGAAAAGUUAACUCAGUUGAUCGAAAUAAAAGAUAAACUGGUGUUACCAGAGCCAUUAAGCACUAAAUUGCCAAUGCCAAAACUUGUGGGGGCAAGUAUACCACAAAAUAAUGAAGAUGAAAGCAUGGAUGAUCUCCAGGAAAGAAUUCAAAUUUUGGCCAUUGACAAUAUGUUAGAUAAUGAUUGGAGAAAGUCCAUUGUUGAAUAUUUGGAAAAUCCAAUAGGUAAUGUGGCUCGAAAGAUCAAAUAUAGGGCUUUAAAUUACGUGAUUGUGGGAAAUGAUUUGUUUAAAAAGACUGCAGAAGGAGUGUUGCUAAAAUGUCUAAGUGAAUCGGAAGCAUACUUGGCAGUUUCCCAUGUUCACAGUGGGGCCUGUGGAUCGCAUCAAGCAGGCCAUAAAAUGAAAUGGCUUUUAUUUCGACAAGGUUUGUAUUGGCCUUCGAUGUUAAAAGACUGCAUAGAAUUUGCUAAAGGCUGUCAGGAAUGCCAAAAGCAUGCAGGGAUAUAG